AUGGCCAAGUACGUCGACGCGGCCAAGCAGGACCUCCGCGAGGAUGUGACCUGGCAAAAGGCCGGACGCCUAUCCCGCAGGGGCAUCAAGGAGUUCCCCGAGGCCUCGGUCCAGUACCUGCUCGACAAGGCGCCCAUCAUCGGCUGGCUUCCAAAGUAUAACCCGCGAUGGCUCAUCAACGACGCCAUCGCCGGCCUCACGCUGGGUCUGAUGUUGAUCCCCCAGGGUCUGGCCUACGCCAAGAUUGCCGAGAUCCCCGUCGAGUACGGGUUGAUGUCGUCGUGGCUGCCGGCGAGCAUCUAUGCCAUUAUGGGAACCACAAAGGAUCUCUCCACCGGCCCUACCUCCCUAAUCGGCCUGCUCACGUCAGAGGGUGUCCACGAGUUCGGAGAGGAAUACACACCUUCGCAGGUCGCAUCUGCCAUGGCGCUAUGGAUGGGCGUCUUUGGCAUGGUCCUGGGCUUCCUCAAGCUGGGAUGGCUCCUCGAGUUCAUCUCACUGCCGAUCCUCAGCGGCUUCAUCACCGCGGUCGCCAUCACCAUCGCGCUCAACCAGAUGCCGUCCCUCCUCGGCAUCAGCGGCGUCGGCUCGGGCACCGCACAGCAGAUCCACGACGUGUUUGCGUUCCUGCCAAGAGCCAGCCUCAUGACGUGCGUCAUCGGCUUCACCGGCAUCUUGAUGAUGACCAUCCUCGAGAAGAUGGGCAAGCGCUGGAGCGACAAGAACAAGAUCAUCUGGUUCUGCUCCAUCACCCGCGCCUUCCUCACCCUCGUCCUCUUCACCGGCGUCUCGUAUGCCGUCAACGGCAAAAAGGCCAACGCCAAGCAGUACAUGUUUGAGGUCGUCCAGGUCAAGGCCCAGGGCCUGGAGCAGCCGGGAAUGCCGCCCUCGGACCUGAUAAUGAAGACGGCCACGCGGUCCAUCGCGCUCUUCAUCGCGGCGGCCGUCGAGCACUCGGCCAUCGCGCGAGCCUUUGGCGUCAAGAACGACUACAUCCCGGACCAGUCGCAGGAGCUGUGCUACUUUGGCGUCACCAACUUUGUCAACUCCUUCUUCCACGCCAUGGGCGUCGGCGGCGCCAUGUCGCGCACGUCGGUCAACUCGCAGUGCCACGUCAAGUCCCCGCUCUCGGGCCUCAUGACCACGGCCGUCGUGCUCAUCUCCAUCUACUUCCUCGUCGGCACCCUCUACUGGAUCCCCAAGGCCACCCUGGCCGCCAUCAUCAUCACCGCCGUGUGGCCGCUCAUCCACCCGCCCUCGGACUUUUACCGCUACUGGAAGACGUCGCUCGCCGACUUCAUCUCGUCCAUGAUCGCCCUCUGGGUCUCGCUCUUCUACAGCACCGAGAUGGGUAUCGGCCUGGCCGUCGGCUUCAACGUCCUCUACUGCAUCCUCCGCCAGACCUUUACGCGCGUGACCGCCUCGGGGAUCCCGGCCCCGUCCGACAUUUCCGACCGCGACCUCCCGCACCCCGACUCCCCGCAGGCGCGCGACGUGCACGUGUUCCGCUUCAACGACUCCUUCUUCUUCCCCAACAGCUACAUGUGCAGCACGGCCAUCCUCGACUCGAUCCAGACGUACCACGCGCCGGCGUACCACGGCGCGCAGGGGCCCGAGGUGCGGGAGCGCAACUGGUCCGUGGUGGCAGAGAAGCGCAUCCAGCGGCUGCGGCGGCGCGCGGGCGUCACGGACCCGGACGCGCUGCCGCCCAUCGGCCUGGUGGUGCUGGACUUUGGCCGCGUCAACCACGUCGACAGCACCGCGUGCUCGCACCUCAAGAACCUGGCCAAGGAGAUCUCGCGCUACGGCGGCAAGCACGUCGAGCUGCGCUUCGUCGGCAUGACCGAGUACGUGCGCGAGCGCUUCGUGCGCUACGGCUGGAAGGUCGACGACGCCCCGGCCUGGGCCGGCCCCGCCCCCGACAAGGACGCCACCCUGCUCUUCCCCACCGUCGCCGCCGCCGUCCUGGCCCCCAGGCGCAACGACGCGCCCGAGGUCGUCCAGCACGACUUUGACGAGAAGCGCAGCAGCAGCGAGGAUCUGGAAAAGGGCAUGGCCAUGCACGCCGAGACGGCUGACAGGUCCAGCUCGCAGGAGAGGAAGACCGAGGCCAGGCCUUGA